AUGUCUUCCACUGAAACCACUUCCUCAAUUCCGCAGCCAGCGGAAUGGAACCACACACCAGAAGAAAUCACUUCCCUCACAAAGAAACAUAUUGAAUUAUAUACCAGAUUUCUUGAUGAAAUUGCUGCAAUUGAAAACCCCACAGUUGAAAACGUUUUGAUCCCAUUCGGAAACUUUGAAAACGAAAACUACUACUUCCAAAACCAAAUCCCAUUCUAUCAAUAUGUCCUGGACAGUAAGGAACACCGUGAAGCAUCCCAGGAAGCCAGUAAGUUACUCAAUGAGGCAUACGUUGAUUUGGCAAUGAGAGUUGAUCUCUAUAAUGUGUUCAAAAAAUUAGAAGCAUCGGCUAGACCUGAAGAUUUCCCUGAUGCUGAGUCUAAGAGGUUGUUAGAAAAGGUCAUCUUGGACUACGAAAGAAAUGGGUUGCAUUUGAGUGAAGAGAAGAGAAAUGAGUUGAAGAAGAUCCAAAAUAAGCUCAAUGACUUGUCUUUGGAAUUCAGUAAGAAUAAUAAUGAAGAAGAAGGUUUCCUCUUAUUGACAAAAGAGCAAUUGAAAGGUGUGCCAGAAGCAACAGUAAAGCAGUUUGAAGAAGAGAAAGGUGAUGAUGGUGAAACCUUGUACAAAGUGACCUUCAAGUAUCCUGAUAUCUUACCUGUCUUGAAGUAUGCACAAAACCAACAAACCAGAAAGGAAGCCUUCAUUGCAGAUGCUAACAAAGUUAAGCAAAAUGACCCUUUACUUUUAGAUUUGAUUAAGUAUAGAUUUGAAUUGGCACAAGUACUUGGUUACGAUAACAUUUCCAAGUAUAUUUUGGAAGACAGAUUGGCUAAAACAGAAACUAGAGUAUUGGACUUCUUGACUGACUUGAAAACUAAAUUAUCCCCAUUAGCCAAGGUAGAACUUGAAAAGUUGAAAAACUUGAAAGAUGAACAUUUCCAAGAGCAGGGCCUCGAUAAGCAAGAUAAAUUUUAUAUUUGGGACAACAGAUUCUAUGAUAACUUGAUGCUUGAAAAGGAUUACCAAGUUGACAAUACUAAGAUUGCAGAAUAUUUCCCAUUACAAUCCACUAUCGAAAAGAUGCUUUCAUUUUACGAAAACUUGUUCGAUGUGAAAUUCGUGGAAACUACUGAAGGAAAACACGUUUGGCACGAAGAGGUCAAACAAUUUGCUGUGUAUCAAAAUAUAAAGGCAGGCUCGCCAAAAAACCUCUUCUUAGGUUGGAUUUAUUUUGAUUUGCACCCAAGAAAGGGUAAGUAUGGGCAUGCAGCCAACUUUUCCCUAUUUCCUGGGUAUGUUACAAAGUCUGGAGAAGUGAUCCGCCCUGUUACAGCGUUAGUGUGUAACUUCACCAAGCCAACCAAAGAUACUCCAUCGUUAUUGAAGCAUGAUGAAGUUGUGACAUUCUUCCAUGAGUUGGGACACGGGAUGCACGAUAUUUUAGGAUUCACCAAAUUUGCUAGGUUCCAUGGUACAAAUGUUCCAAGAGAUUUCGUUGAAGCACCUUCACAAUCAUUUGAGUACUGGACUUGGUCUAAAAAUGAAGUUAAGUCUUUAUCUUCUCACUACGAAACUGGAGAACCAAUACCUGAUGCGUUAAUAGAUCAAUUGAUCAAAUCGAAAAACGUUAAUGGUGCUUUAUUCAAUUUAAGACAAUUACACUUUGCCUUUUUUGAUAUGAAGGUACAUGUGCUCUCCAAGAAGGAAGACAUCGAACUGUUAGACUUAUUAAAACUUUGGAAUGAUGCUAGAGAAGAAUUGACAGGAAUCUCAAAUGGUGGAAUUAACACCUAUGGCUAUGGCUCAUUUGGUCACAUUGCAGGAGGUUACGAAUCAGGUUACUACGGAUACCUUUUCUCUAAAGUUUAUGCAGACGACAUCUACUACUCUAUCUUCAAAAAUGAUCCAUUGAACCAAGAAAAUGGUAUUAAGUAUAGGGACUACAUUUUGUCUAAAGGUGGUUCAAGAGAGGUAAUGGAAGGUGUAGUUGAAUUAUUAGGAAGGGAGCCUACCUUGGAUGCUUUCUUAGAAGAGUUAGGAUUAUAA